UAAUAGUUUUAACUUAUCCGCUGUAACUAAUACUUAUGUUAGUUAAUGUUUUCAGACUUUAAAGUUAGAACACAUUAGAGAUGGAACAAUUUAUUGCUGAGAGUUCAAGUUUCUAGUUUGACAGUCAGUUUAAGAUAUUUUAAUUAAAUUUAUUGGUGAGUACAAUACGUUAAUAUGAGACAUAUAUGAAAAAUGAUAGACAAUGUAAGUUACAGAACAUAUAUACAAUAGCUCUUAUUUCCUCAUUUUCUAAUAAAACGUACUUGAUUAAAUUAUUAAUAAUAUUUGUAACAUAAAUGUUGCUAAUAAGUAAUAACUUAAUAAAUAAGAGAGAAUUGUUAAAAGAUACUUAAAAAACCUAGAAGACUUUAGAAAAUACGUGUUAUGAAGUCUACAAAGAUAAAAUCUGUAAGAUACAACAGAAUAAAAAACAGACGAAUUAUUGCAUCUAUAUUAAAUUUUAUAAUUUGUCUGUUUAAAUUUCCAGUACAUAUUUCAUGAACAUUAUAAAGUCAGAAGAAUAAAAAAAAUAUAGAAAUGUAAUAUGCACUCUCAUAUUCGCAUUUACAUGGAUAUAUUACGUUGUACAUGUUUCUUGAAAUGUGAAUAAAGAGAAGUCCAAUAAAAUUUAUAUUAAAUAAUAUUAUUGAUACUUACAAGUUAUAGUUUACAAUUCCGAGUAUCGAUAACAUAAUAAGAAUGUACAUGAAACUUAUUUCCUUUAUAUUUAUGCUUACAAUAAUGUCACUAGAAGGACAAGUAAAUUUCAUGGGAGACUUAGAAUUUUUUCGAAAAGCAAUAGUUAAAUAUGUGUUUCCUAAGGAUCCAGGUAUAGUGAGAGUAAGAAAGCCAGAAGAAACCAAAACAGUGAACAAUGUAACCACAUUGGAUUUUAUCGGUUUAGUAGAGAGAUAUGGGUACCCCGCCGAGGAGCAUUACGUCACAACAGAAGAUGGUUACAACUUGGUAAUACACAGAAUAUCAGGAAGUCCUUUAUCUAAGAGUCAACAAAGAAGAAAAGUUGUGUUCCUCCAACAUGCUAUUUUAGUCACAUCUGAUGCCUGGGUGUUGCUUGGUCCUGGCAAGGAUCUUGAAAAAUUUCAAGCCUACGAUUACGGAUAUUUUGAUAAUUAUAAACAAUAUGGACAGAUAACGCCUAUAACAUAUGACCUUAAAAAAGUUACUACACCUUUGGCUUUAUUUUACGGCGCUAAUGAUAUAUUAGCUGUAAAACGG